AUGCACAAAUCAAUUCCAUUGUCCUCAUCUCAUUUCGUUAAAGAGAAUAAACUAUUGCCUACACUAUCUCAACCUCAUAGUGCGGCAUGGAUUCAGAUUGACGAAUGGCUAAAGACAAAGUACAGUACUGGUAAAGUCCCACCUUUCGAGCGGACGGAAGGGGCUGCGAAAGCAUUACUUCAGCUCUUACAGCUUAAUAAAGCCCAGGAUGAAUAUAUAAAUCAGGUUCUGAAAGAGCUUAUUCAGUUUUCCAACCAAUACAGGGCUAAAGAUACCAGGCUGAAAGAAAACCUUCAAAUCUUUGAUCUUGACAAAGAUCGUUUGCCAACUUCCUCUCAACAAGCCCUCUCACGGCUUUCAGAACUUGCUAUGCUUUUGGGAAUCUCGGACACAACUCUACCAAGCUUUCAACAGGGGUUCUCCCAGCUUCAUCUCGAUGCACUAAAGUACUUUCAUGUCCAAAAGAAUAACCAAUUACAGUUGAACACGAUUGAGGAACAUCAGCAAGAAGCCAAACAGGGAUUAGAUCGACUGUUAAAGUUGAAGCAGAGACUUAUAAAGCAGCGCGAAACCAAGGGCGAUAUUGAGCAAAGGGUCUGGAGAAGAAGUACUGAACUGAGUAGGAUCCAAAUCAAUGAGAAUAUACGAUUAUUGGAACAGAUAUUGAAUACGCAGCGAGAGAAUGGUCUGGUGGAUGUAGAGACACAAGGGUUGACAAUAGCUCAGUUGGAGAAUCAACAAAAUAUGAUCCAUGGAUUAGAGCAGCAACUAAAAGUUCAGGGGAAAACCCUAACUGCUUAUCAGGACAUCCCUCCGGAUUACAUGCUUGCACAACUAAAAAUUCAAGAAAGCGUUUCACGACUGAAAGAGCUCACGAUCGAACGUGAUUCCAUGUUGACUCAACUAGCAGACGAUCUAUAGAAGCAAGCUCCCAUUAUAUUACUUUAACUGGCGCACAUACAUACACAUACAUUUAUAGGAGUCCCCUUAGAUACUCAAGUUGGCCAAAUAUGAGACGCCCUUAAAUAAAAAAUAAAAGUUAUUUCC